AUGAGUGCAGUUCGCGGUCCCGGCGGCGCCACGCACGCGGGGGGGGACCAGCCGUCGGGAUGCCCUCUCCGUGGUGUUUCAUCGACGAUCCACCCGCGUCUCAGCUUUUCCCAUGACGACGGGCGAUUCGUCCUUCGUCCUUGGCCCUCUCCCCCCUUCCCGAACCUCCCGAUGGAAACAAAAGAGGCACAUCCGCGGGCUCGAAAUCAAUCGAAGCCCCUGCCGCCGCCUCCCCGGCCGAGGUGUCAGGUUUCGGAAUCGCGCAACAUGGUGAGGCAGUCCCGUUUGGCGGAGGUACGUAGGUAG